AUGAAACCAUCACUGUCUCAAACUAAUGAUUACAAUUUCAAAAUAAUCAUAGUAGGAGAUUCAGGAGUGGGCAAAAGCAGCCUAAUAAGAAGAUACAUGAAAAAAGAAUUUUCAGAAAAGACAGCUACCACAAUCGGUGUGUGAAACUAUACAAAAAUUGUGGAAAUUGAGAACAAGAAUAUCAUGCUCAACAUAUGAGACACAGCAGGACAAGAAAAAUUCAAGUGUCUGAUCCCGACUUUUUUCAGAGGAUCCCACGCUGCAAUUCUAGUCUAUGACAUUACCAACCAGAAGUCAUUUAACUCUAUAUUUUACUGGAUUGAUAAAAUUCAUGAGCAUGCCACUUCUAACGUUGUAUUUAUGAUGAUUGGGAAUAAAUCUGACAUGGAAACUGAACGGAAAGUUCCUCAGGAGCUAGGGCAAAGCAAAGCAAGGGACAAUAAAAUGCUCUUUUUGGAAACUUCCUGCCUGAAUAGCACAAAUGUGGAAAGAGCUUUUGAAGAAGUGACUAAUCAGCUGCUUGUAGUUAAUGGUAAUCAAAGAAUUGAAGAAGUUAAGACCAGCGAGCUGAUCCCUUCUGCCAAAAAAAUUUCAAUAGUUCAACAGCCUCAAGAAGUUAAAAAGAGAAAGAGGAGGCGAUGCUAA